GGGCUGCGGGGCUGGGGCGUUAGCUGCGUCCCGCCUCGGAGCCCGCGAAGAGGACUCGGAGGAAGGCGCCGCCGUGGCCGCGGCCGCACAGCUCCGGGCGCGACGAGCCAUGCGCUGCGGCCCCGCCGGCGACCCCGCUGCCGCCGGCCGCCGCUGAGCCCCGCCGAGACCCGGCUCGCCGCUCCCCAGCUCGCCUCCACGCGCCCGGAGAAACAUGAUUCCUGUGACAGAGUUCCGGCAGUUCUCAGAACAGCAGCCAGCCUUCCGGGUGCUGAAACCAUGGUGGGAUGUGUUCACCGAUUACCUCUCGGUGGCCAUGCUGAUGAUCGGUGUGUUUGGAUGUACUCUGCAGGUCAUGCAAGACAAGAUAAUCUGCCUUCCAAAAAGAGUUCAGCCUUCUCAGAACCACUCUUCCGUUUCCAAUAUCUCUCAAGCAAUUGCCAGCACGACCCCCCUGCCUCCAACAAAACCGUCUCCUACUAACCCUGUCACUGUAGAAAUGAAAGGACUAAAGACAGAUUUGGACCUUCAGCAGUACAGUUUUAUAAACCAGAUGUGUUAUGAACGAGCCCUCCACUGGUAUGCCAAGUACUUCCCUUAUCUCGUCCUCAUCCAUACCCUGGUCUUCAUGCUGUGCAGCAAUUUUUGGUUCAAAUUCCCAGGCUCCAGCUCCAAAAUAGAACAUUUUAUCUCAAUCCUGGGCAAGUGCUUUGACUCUCCCUGGACCACAAGGGCUUUAUCUGAAGUGUCUGGGGAAGACUCAGAGGAAAAGGAUAACAGGAAGAACAAUGUGAGCAGGUCCAACACAGUUCAGACUUGUCCAGAAGGCAGCCUGGUCAACUCUCAGUCUUUGAAAUCUAUUCCUGAGAAGUUUGUUGUGGACAAAUCUACUGCAGGGGCUCUGGACAAGAAGGAAGGUGAACAAGCAAAGGCCUUAUUUGAGAAGGUGAAGAAGUUCAGGAUGCAUGUAGAGGAAGGUGAUAUACUCUAUGCAAUGUAUGUUCGCCAGACUGUACUUAAGGUAAUAAAAUUCCUAAUCAUCAUUGCGUAUAAUAGUGCUCUGGUUUCCAAAGUCCAAUUUACUGUGGACUGCAAUGUAGACAUUCAGGAUAUGACUGGAUAUAAGAACUUUUCUUGCAACCACACGAUGGCACACUUAUUCUCAAAACUCUCCUUUUGCUACCUGUGCUUUGUAAGUAUCUAUGGACUGACAUGCCUUUAUACCCUAUAUUGGUUGUUCUACCGUUCUCUAAAGGAAUAUUCUUUUGAGUAUGUUCGACAGGAGACCGGAAUUGAUGACAUUCCAGAUGUGAAGAAUGACUUUGCUUUUAUGCUUCAUAUGAUAGAUCAAUAUGACCCUCUAUAUUCCAAGAGAUUCGCAGUGUUCCUUUCCGAAGUGAGUGAAAAUAAGUUGAAGCAACUAAAUUUAAACAAUGAGUGGACUCCUGAUAAACUGAGGCAGAAGCUACAGAUGAAUGUCCACAACCGACUGGAAUUGCCUCUCAUCAUGCUCUCCGGCCUUCCAGAUACAGUUUUUGAAAUCACAGAGUUGCAGUCACUGAAACUUGAAAUUAUCAAGAACGUAAUGAUCCCAGCCACCAUUGCACAGCUAGAGAAUCUCCAAGAACUCUCUCUGCACCAGUGCUCAGUCAAAAUCCAUAGCUCAGCACUCUCUUUCCUGAAGGAAAACCUCAAGGUCUUGAGUGUCAAGUUUGAUGAUAUGAGGGAGCUGCCCCCUUGGAUGUACGGACUUCGGAAUCUGGAAGAGCUCUACUUGGCUGGCUCCCUAAGUCACGAUAUUUCAAAAAAUGUCACCCUGGAAUCCCUGCGGGAUCUCAAAAGCCUUAAAAUUCUCUCUAUCAAGAGCAAUGUUUCCAAAAUUCCCCAGGCUGUGGUGGACGUGUCCAGCCAUCUUCAGAAAAUGUGUAUCCAUAAUGAUGGCACCAAGCUGGUGAUGCUCAACAAUCUAAAGAAGCUGACCAACCUGACCGAACUGGAGCUGGUCCACUGCGACCUGGAGCGCAUCCCUCAUGCUGUAUUUAGCCUGCUCAGCCUGCAGGAAUUGGACCUCAAAGAAAAUAAUCUGAAAUCUAUAGAAGAGAUUGUUAGCUUCCAGCACUUGAGAAAGCUGACUGUGCUAAAACUGUGGCAUAACAGUAUCACCUACAUCCCAGAACAUAUAAAGAAACUCACCAGCCUGGAGCGCCUGUCCUUCAGUCACAAUAAAAUAGAGGUGCUGCCUUCCCACCUCUUCCUAUGCAACAAAAUCCGAUACCUGGACUUAUCCUACAAUGACAUUCGCUUCAUCCCCCCAGAGGUCGGAGUGCUGCAGAGUUUACAGUAUUUCUCCAUCACGUGUAACAAAGUGGAGAGUCUUCCCGAUGAACUCUACUUCUGCAAGAAACUUAAGACUUUAAAGAUUGGGAAGAACAACCUAUCCAUACUCUCUCCGAAAAUUGGAAAUUUACUCUUUCUUUCCUAUUUAGAUGUCAAAGGCAAUCACUUUGAAAUCCUCCCUCCUGAACUGGGCGACUGUCGGGCCCUGAAGCGAGCAUGCUUAGUUGUAGAAGAUGCUCUCUUUGAAACUCUGCCUUCUGACAUCCGGGAGCAAAUGAAAGCAGAAUAACUUAUUUUUGUCGAAAAUCUGACUGAAACAUGCUUCUACCAAAUACAGUAUACAUAAUUAGGUAGUCCUUAUGCCUUUCCUAUUUUAUUUUAUUUUUUUCCUUUUUCACAUGAAACUAUAUGUACACAAGGUUGAGUAAGGAGUCUGUAUUUUUUAAUAAAAAUUUAUUUGUAUUUUUUCAAUAUUAAUAUUUUUAAGUUUAAUUUGUGCUGGAACCUCAAGUAUCUGUAAUUAUUUUCUACUGACAGAAUCAGAUGGUUCCAUCUGUGUUUUGUUUUGUUAUGGUUGGUUUGUUAUUUUGGGUUGUUGUUUUUUUUUUUUUUUCAGUUUUUAUGAAAAGGAGGGAAUUUUAAGUUGCAUGCUUUUGGUAUUUUUUAAAUAGAUGAAGAUAUUUUGCCAAGGUCAUUUUUAGUCCGUUUACACCUGUACAGUGUCCUUAUUUUUGUUUUCAUUAUGUGUGUACCAAGGAAUGUGUGCUAGUUAUUUUAAUACCAGCUGCCUUCUCCAUCGGCCAAGUCCUUCAUUCUACAGAGAAACUCUUCUAAGAGUAUAAAUUCACAUAAGUGCAUUGUUACAGACUAUUCAUUUUUAAAUUCUGCCACACCACGUUAUUUCAUAUAUCUGAUGGUUAAAAUUAUCCUUAGGCAAGAAUUCUAUAAGUGGGUGAAGAAAAUAAUCUUCCGUGGUUAGUACGCUUAAGCUCAUCAUUUAUAAUUUGACCCAUUUGUGAUUUUACCAACCUUUUAAAAAACAUUCUAAAAGUAAAUACAGAGGCUUUCCCCACCCUUAAUCUCAAUAUUGUUAUGUAGUGCUGGAGAAGAACCCUAGAAAAGCUAGAUUUGUUUUAAUUUACAUAGAUAAUUAAAUUUUAAAUCAUAGAAUUGGAAGCCUGUGUGUUUUUUAGUAAUUUAAUCAUCCUUGAUAUCCUUAUAUGCAAGUGCAUCAAAUGGAAAACUUUCACUACUAAAGUGUUCUGUUGAAGAGCCGGUCACUCGGUCAGCCCUUCUCCUUUCCUCUGGGUAAUGUGGCAGUGCUAAUUAUUCAAAUUCUGCCUGUUGCAUAAAAUAAUCCACUUAUUUAUAAAUACAUGUGAGUACAUAAUUCUCCAUUUCCCUCAAGACUACCUAGCUACAAAUGUUAGUAGUACAAUCACAGACACUCUUUGACUUAAAAUAAGUAUCUCAUCUAAAGUAUUUGUGUUGCUUUUUUAAGUGUGAAUUAAUUGCUAAAUUCAUGUCACUUAGCAGUCCUUACUGCUUGAUGAUCAAGAGAACUUUUACUUACCUUUGUGCUUAAAAAACUCAAUGUGGUGUAGGUCUUGGACAAAAUCUUUCACUGACUGAUAAGUUGUGUGUAGAACAGGAAAAUGAAAACACUAUUUGUGCCCUCAAUUCAGAACCUAUACUACUGAUCAUUGGAAUUUUGUUGUAUGUACCAGAUUCACAUGGACUGUUUUCCAACCCCUAGUCUGAUGUGAGAACGUUUUAGAUCUUAGUGGUGGAAAGGGGAUUUUAAAAUGCUGCUUUUAAAUUUUGUUCCUUAUCCUGGAAAAUGUGCUCAAUGCUACUUUGAGUUUCUAUAUAGAAAAUAACUCUAGGAACCCUCCCCCAAUAAAUUUACCUCACUCAUGUUUUAAAUGUUAUGACACAUCAUGGGGUAAAGGAUUUGGGGAAACAAAGCUUUUCACUUCUUUAAUAAUUUAAUCUUGCCUUUUUGUUCUAUGUUGAAGUGUUAGAGGGGGAUUUUGUAUAACUGAUUUAUUACCACCUGCUAUGGAAAUAAUAUGUUUAAAAUGAUAAAUUACCUGUAAGAUAAAAUAUUCAGUUCUAAAAUAUUAUCAGGAUCCUGAUUAUGACAAUGUGUUGUAUGUAGAAACAAUCCUCUCUUUAUAUAAAUAAAAAUCCUGAUUGUACAUGACUAAACAUAACAAAAAUACCCUAUUGAAAGGUAAACUUAGGCAACUACUAGCAAAACACUGGGUGCACUGCUUUUUUGGAUAAAUUAAUUUUUUUAUGUCACCCAUUUAAAGGGUUAGAAAUCAGAUUGAAAGUCAUUUAUGCUGAAGUAUUUAUUUGAUGUUAACUCUUAAUCUCAUUUAAAUUCAUAAAUGAAGUAAGUCAUUAAUACUUUUUACCACUGUGACAAUUUUCUCCAAACACAAUAAAAUUUUAUUGGCUUUCUUAAUGAUUUUUUCAGAUUGACUCCUAACCGCCCUUCUAAACAAUGUCCAGUAAAUCCAUAUAGUCACACAACCUUAUGUUUUAACUCAGAAGGAAAAUUCAUAGAUGUUUCUAUUCGAUUUUAUAAAAAUAUAAAAGUCUCAAACUUUAGAGUGAAUUUUCUGACUCUGGCCCUUUUUAAUAUUGCACUUGUUGUUCAAUUAUUAAGUAAUGGGUAUUCAAUUAUUGGGCCCGGGAUAUAUUUCAGUGGUAGAGCACCUGCCUUGCAUGUGUGAGGUCCAGGGGUUCUGUCCCUGGUAUUGAAAAAUUUAAAAAGUAAUUACUACUCAGCCUUUCAAUGGGAAACUCAGGUAAAUGAACUGCUGACUUUUUAAGAACUUCUUUAACUGAGAAUAAAAUGAGAUAUACCUAAUCCUUUUCCAUAUGUACAAGUGCUCUUGCUAAAAAGGAACAACUAGUUCUUUCUUCAACCUCUAUAGGAUUCAUAAGAAACUGCUUAUGUAAAUAUGAAAUCACUAUAUAUAGCAAAACUCUAAUGACUGCUUGAAGCCCAUAGCAGAUAAGCUGUUUGGUCAUUUAAAAUGAUUUCAUGUAAAGCAAUCAGUCGUAUGGUGAUAGUUUGUUUGACACAGAGCCUAUAAGUAUAUCCAAAUGAAUCUUACCUACAAAGACCACAACUUAGAAAACUUUUUUUUUAGUUAGGUUUUUGUUUUGUUUUAUCUUUAACAAUUUUAACAUAAAGAUUUUUGGUACAGUGAAACCUGUUACAGUCAUAAAAUUUUCUUGUUGUUCACUGAUCUUUCCCCUAGCCAUUCCAUUUCCAAUGUAAUUCUAACAAUUUGCAGACUGUCCUGUGAAGUAGGCACUCCUUUUUAGAAAUAUUUAAAAAAUAUUCUGAGCUAUGAGUAUUUGUUCAUUUACAGGUGCCUCCUUACCAGCUUCAAGCCAUCUUUGUCAAGAGGGCCUUACAUAACCUCAAAUCUUCCUGGAGUUAAAGAAAAGUCCAAGUACUUGGAAAUAUGCUUCUUAGGAAUUCUGGCAUUUAGAAAAAGAAGGAAAAAAUCCUUAUAUUUCUUGUUAUUCUACUUCAUGGGAGGUGUUACUGUUGUUUAGGUUACUAAUUCUACUAUAAGAAAACUCCAUCCUUUGGUUUACUUCACUUAUUGAUCAAAUUUUAUACCAAACACUUAUGAUAAUUAUAUGUUUAAAUAGUGAGACUUCAUAAUCCAUCAUUUUUAAACCAUCAGAGUAUUUAGUAGUGAAUGGAUAAAAUAAGUUGCAAUUUAUAUUUCAACUUACAUUCUAUUAGAACUUAAUUAAGACUCAGUUAACAUUUUUCUGUUCAUCCUGAGUGUGAUGAUAUUCAAGCAGUUCACAUUUUUGGUAGGAUCUCAAAAACUCGGGGGAGGGUUCCAUACUGAUUUAGAAGAACAAAUCAGCAAAACAGUGCAGUGUUAGCAAGGAAAUACCUCAAAGGCCUGAAGAUUUUCUUGUCUUUUUCUUCUCUAAGAAUCUUGUAAGAGCAGAGGCUGGAGCGAUAGUACAGCGCAUAGGGCCUUUGCCUUGCACGCGGCAGACCUGAGUUUGAUUCUCAGCAUCCCAUAUGGUACCCCGAGCACCGCCAGGAGUAAUUCCUGAGUGCAGAGACAGGAAUGGCCCCUGUGCAUCGCCAGGUGUGACCCAAAAAAUAAAAAAUCUUGUAAGAGGGUUAGAGAAAGUGUAAAGGUUAAGGCACUUGCCUUGCAUACUGCUGACCCUGGUUUAGUCCCCAGCACCAUAGAUGGUCCCCUGAGCACUGCCAGAAGUGAUCAUUGAGCACUGCUGGGUAUGGCUCUCAAAAUAAAAAUAAUAAAGAUAAAAGAGGUUAAGAAAUCAUUAAUGGUCUCCGCCAGACCUCUCAUUCAUUUUUCAAUUAGGCUUCAGUGACAUGCCGCUAAUACAAUUUCAUACCAGCCUUCCAAACAAGGUACCCGCUUACUCAAUCUUCCUGGAGCCAUUCACUAACAAAGGGUUCAUUGGGGAAGAAGGUUUCUUCCCACCCCAGAUAAUUUUUUAAUCCAAAGGCCUGAAAAAGGGCUAUAUCAAAUGGGACAGCUUAUUUUCUUGCCAUGUUAAAUUGCAGUUCCCAUGCACAGUUUCUCAUGCAUAAAAUUUACUUUCUGCUGAAGACCAUUCUUUCUCCCAUCUGACUUUGCAUCUUUAAUGAAUUUUUCAAUUGGUGUUGAAACUUAAUGCCUUAUGUGCUCCUUCAGUUUUCUUUCUGCCAUUGUUUUCUCUCACACUGCGUGUUCUAACUGUGUCAAAUACUGGCAAAAACCCUCCUGACUGUCAAGAAAAUGCUUGAAAGUUUAUUUGACAUCGUGCAAAUUCAUGAUAAAAAUGUCUUGAUGUUACUUGGCUAUGUAGUACAUAGGAACAGAAAAUAACAUGAAUAAAGUCCUUUUUUGUAAUUUAAAA